AUGAUAGAUGUCUGUGAAGGAACAAUUGAGCUAAACUUGGGAAAGGACCUAAGGAUGAAGUUUGACAUCAAGGAUACAAUGAGGAAGCCAACAAUAGAAGGUCAGCUCUUUUAUGUUGAGGAAAUGGAUCAGUUGGCAGAUGAGCUUUUAGAAGAACUAUCAUUGGAGGAUCCCUACAAGCCAGUUUGCGAAGUCAUGGCAGUGAGCUCGAUCAAGAGCUCGAUCGAGUCGAGCCUCGAACAAACGAACUCGAUCGAGCUGGGGACUGAAUGCAAGGAGCAAGCUCAAGGAGAUUGGUCUGAGCUCAAGGCACCUAAAGUCGACCUCAAACCUUUGCCUGAGGGCCUCAGGUAUGCAUUUCUGGGUGAAAACUCAACUUACCCUGUCAUUGUGAACUCUGAUUUGGAACCUGAACAGUUGAGUGCUUUGCUUGUUGAAUUGAGAAAGUACAGAAAAGCAAUAGGUUACACUCUAGAUGAUAUCAAGGGAAUCUCCCCUGACCUAUGCAUCCAUAGGAUUCAUCUAGAGGAUGAAAGUAAGUCAAGCAUUGAACCUCAAAGGAGAUUGAACCCCAAUCUAAAGGAAGUAGUGAAGAAAGAGAUACUCAAGUUGCUUGAUGCUGGGAUAAUCUAUCCCAUCAGUGAUAGCACUUGGAUAUCUCCAGUUCAUUGCGUCCCAAAGAAAGGGGGGAUCACUGUCAUUAAAAAUGACAAAGAGGAGCUGAUUCCCACUAGAACAAUAGUGGGGCAUCGCAUGUUGGUUUCUUCCAAAUCCCGAUCCACCCUAAUGAUCAGGAGAAACCACUUUCACAUGCCCUUAUGGUACCUUUGCUUAUCGAAGGAUGCCAUUUGGGCUGUGCAAUGCCCAGCUACUUUCCAGAGAUGCAUGACCUCCAUUUUUUCAGAUCUGAUAGAGGAGAUGGUAGAAGUCUUCAUGGACGAUUUCUCAGUCUAUGGAGCAUCCUUCUCCUCAUGUUUGUCUAACUUGUGCAGGGUGUUGCAGAGGUGUGAGGAGACAAAUCUAGUACUCAACUGGGAGAAGUGCCACUUCAUGGUUCGAGAAGGGAUUGUGCUUGGACACAAGAUUUCCGAGAAAGGGAUCGAGCUCGAUCGAGCUAAGGUGGAUGUCAUGUUGCAGCUCCCUGUUCCCAAGACUGUGAAGGACAUCAGGAGUUUUCUGGGUCAUGCAGGGUUCUACAGAAGAUUCAUCAAGGAUUUCUCAAAGAUAGCAAGACCCUUGACAAGGCUUCUGUGCAAGGAGACAGAUUUUGAGUUUGAUGAAGAAUGCCACAAGUCUUGGACCUUGCUGAAGGAUGCUCUGGUAUCUGCCCCAAUAGUUCAAGCUCCAAACUGGGAUCACCCAUUUGAGAUUAUGUGUGAUGCAUCUGACUAUGCAGUAGGAGCAGUGCUUGGCCAAAAGAUAGACAAGAAACUCAAUGUCAUCUACUAUGCAAGCAAGACUAUGGAUGAUGCUCAAUGCAAGUAUGCAACCACAGAGAAGGAGCUCCUUGCCAUAGUCUUUGCCUUUGAGAAAUUUCGAAGCUAUAUAGUUGGGUCCAAGGUGAUUGUGCACACUGACCAUGCUGCCCUUAGGCACAUCUUUGCUAAGAAAGAUACAAAGCCAAGACUUCUCAGAUGGAUCCUUUUGCUUCAAGAGUUUGACAUAGAAGUUGUGGACAAAAAGGGAGUAGAGAAUGGAGUUGCUGAUCAUCUCUCUAGGAUGCGAGUUGAAGACAUGAUCCCCAUCAAUGAUUCUAUGCCUGAAGAACAGCUUAUGGCAAUCAUGAUCUUGAAAGGAGAGUUUUGA